CUAACUGAUUGUGCUUGGUUUUCUUGUUUGCAGGAUCGGAAUAAUGCACGCCAGCUGCAUAACGACGACAAGUUACCAUUUAUCGAAUGUUACGUGAACACAUCGCUGGAGAUUUGUGAAAAUCGAGACAUCAAGGGUCUUUACAAGAAAGCUAGGGCUGGACUUAUUAAAUCUUUCACUGGUGUCGACUCUGUGUACGAACCCCCCGAAAAUCCCGACGUGGUCUUGAAAGCAGGGGAGACAACGGUUGACGAAUGCAUUAACAACAUACUGAGAGCCUUAAUUGAUAAGCUUCUUGUGUCCCUUGUUUUGCAGCUGGACCUUCAGUGGGUGCAAGUUCUCAGUGAGGGCUGGGCCAGCCCCUUGACAGGGUUCAUGCGGGAAUCAGAGUAUUUGCAGUCACAACAUUUUGGUUGUCUUUUAAAUGGAGGUGUUACUAACCAGUCCAUCCCCAUUGUAUUACCGGUACAUACACAAGACAAAGAGAGACUAAGUGGUAAGCAGGCGAUAGCCUUGUUUUACGAAGAUCGUGCUGUGGCCAUUCUUCGCCAACCCGAAUUCUUCAAACACAACAAAGAAGAACGCUGUUGUCGACAGUUUGGGACUUGCAACAAAGGACACCCUUACAUAAAGAUGAUCUUUGAGAGUGGAGACUGGUUGGCUGGAGGUGACCUGGAAGUGCUGCACCGAAUCACCUGGAAUGAUGGAUUGGACGAGUACCGUCUCACCCCCAAGGAAUUACGGGUGAAGUUCAAAGAAAUGAAAGCAGAUGCCAUUUUUGCCUUCCAACUGAGAAAUCCAAUCCACAAUGGCCAUGCCCUUCUGAUGGCCGACACGAAACGCAAGCUGAUUGAGAGAGGUUACCAGAAGCCUGUGUUGCUACUCCAUCCUCUAGGAGGAUGGACAAAAGAUGACGACGUCCCCUUAUCGGUCCGUAUAAAACAACACAAGGCCAUCUUAAGUGCUGGAGUAUUGGACCCUGAAUCUACGGUGCUUGCUAUAUUCCCAUCACCCAUGAUGUACGCAGGACCGACUGAGGUCCAGUGGCACGCUAAAGCCAGAAUGUCAACAGGGACCAACUUUUAUAUCGUGGGACGUGACCCAGCUGGAAUGCCCCAUCCGGAUACUAAACAGGACCUUUAUGAUCCAACACAUGGCGCCAAGGUCCUUACUUGUGCCCCAGGCCUGAACCAACUUGAAAUCGUGCCGUUCCGAGUUGCAGCUUACAAUAUGAAACUGAAGAAAAUGGACUUUUUUGAUCCGGAGAAGAAAGAAGAUUUUGAUUUCAUAUCUGGCACUCGCAUGCGUAAAAUUGCCCGUGACGGUGAGUCACCACCUGAUGGCUUUAUGGCACCAGAGGCAUGGGCUGUUCUCCAAGAAUAUUUCCGUUCUCAGAAUAAUAAUAGCUAACUAAUCCAAAUGGGGGAAAAAUAAUAGUAAUAAUAAUAUAUAUAUAUAUAUAAAUUUAUCUAUUUAUCUAUCUGUGUUUAUGUAUAUACAUAUACAUGUAUGUGUAUAUGUGUAUAUAUGUACAUAUAUAUAUAUAUGUGUGUGUGUGUGUGUAUGUAUAUAGAUAGCAUAAAUUAUAAUACAAACAGAGGUAAAAAAAAACAAAAAGUGUAAUAGAUUUACAUGCAGGAAUAAUAGAAGGGAAAGUGUUCUAUGUUUUGAGCAUAUGCUCUUCAUCCGAAAGAAUAGAUGAGGUGAGACAAAACACAGAGAAAGAAAAGAAGAAAUUUGUCUCAAUUAGACUGUCACCGCCUGCUGAAAUGACUGGAAGUAGGAAGAGGUGUAAGUAGUCAGAAAGACAACUAUGGAUCUGGCCUGUUUGUGUGUUUUUGUUUUCAGUUUAUGUGUGUAUAUGAUACUAUGCAACAUUUGUGCAGAUCUGUGUGUGUGUAUGAGGCUAUCUGAUAUAUUUGUGUGGGUUCUAGGUGAAUUCGUCUACAAUAAUUUGUCUACAAUUUAUCUGUGUGUGGUUGUAUGGUGUUAUGUGUGUGUGGUUGCAGAUGAAUUGUAUCUAGAUAAAUUGCUGUAGACCAAUUGUUGUAGACAAAUUCGCUACAUACCGUUUGUGUGUGUGUGUGUGUGUGUGUGUGUAAGAUCAUGUGUUUCUUUGAAGCUAUAAUAUGCUUGUGUAAACAUGUGUGUAUAUAUAUGACGAAUGAAGAUAUGUGAGAAAAACACAGCACAAACAGGUUGAGUUUUCACAGAUAUGUUUCUACUUGCACAUUUCCCAUGCAUGUAUAUAUGUGUGGUGUGUAGAAAAAUAUAUACAUACAUGCACAAAGAUAGAUAGUUAGAAACAUGGCUAUAUAUGUAUAUACAUACAUUCUUUUAUUCAUAUAUGUAUAUACACACACACACACACACACAUAUGCUUACAUAUAUGUGUGUGUAUAUAUAUAUAAAUAUAUACACAUAUGCUUAUAUAUAUAUAUAUAAUUAACAUAAUAGGGUAAAAAAAUUUGAUAUUAAUUAAUAUCAAUUUAAUACCAGGAAACUAGCACAUUAAAAGAAUCAGAAGGUUCCGAAUAAAUUUUCUGAGAUCCUAAAAGGAUUAUAGUACUUGUGUAUAUAAAAGAAACCAGUAGCACAUUAACAGUCCACUUUAGUGGUCUCUUUUAUACACACACACACACACACACAUAUAUAUAUAUGCUUAUAUAUAUAUAUAUAUAUAUAUAUAUAUAUAUAUGUACAUAUGCUUAUAUAUAUAUAUAAAUAAAUAAAUAUAUAUUUAUGUAUGUAUUAGACGGUUUGAAAACCCCCAAACUGCAAAACCAAAACCAAGAUUAACUAAAUAAAACAAAACAAAACAAAAACAUAUAGAUAAAAAAAAAUGAACAAAGAUCAAAGGAUGAAAGAAAAAAGCCUGAGAUUGCUUUUUUGGCGUUUUUUUUUUAAAACUUUACCUUUUUUUUUAUGUUGCUGGUGUUGGUGGGACUUAACACAAAAAGAAAAACCCCUGAAGAAAUUAAAAACCCCCAAAAAGUGGGGUUAAGAGGUUAAGGGGUUAAAGAAAGAGGGUGAUUAUAUUUUCAAUGAACAAAGAUGGAUGAUGUAUAAUAAAUAUAUAUAUAUAUAUAUACGCAUAUAUAUUUGUGAGUGUGUGUGUAUACAUUAUAUAUAUAUAUAUAUAUAUAUAUACGCAUAUAUAUGUGACUGUGUGUAUGUAUGUAUAUAUGUAAAUGUAUAUAUAUAUAUAUAUAUAUUUAUAUAUGGGUAUAUGCAUAUAUAUAAAUAUUGGUGUGCGGACUUGUGUGUGUGUGUUGACUAUUGUUAUAUAAUGCUGGGGUUUUCAAGGUUUAUUUGCUCAUUGGUGCAAAAAAGAAUCUUUAUUUUUCAAAAAUGGAAAUGCCAAAAAAAAAAUUUUAAACAAGCACACACACACACACACAAAAUCUAAUGUAAACAAUCAAAUUAUCUACUAUUGCUGUUGUUGUUGUUGUUGUUGUUAUUAUCAUUAUUCAUUCUUCUUCUUCUUAUUAUUAUUAUUAUUAUUAAGGUAGCGAGCUGGCAGAAUCGUUAGCAUGCUGGACGGAAUGCUUAACACCAUUUCAUCUGUCCCCUUAUAUUCUGAGUUCAAAUUCUGCUGGGGUUGACUUUGCCUUUCAUCCUUUCGGGGUCAAUAAAUUAAGUACCAGUAAAACACAGGGGUUGAUAUAAUCGAUUAGUCCCCUCCUUCCAAAAAUUUCAGGCCUUGUGUCUUUAGUAGAAAGGAUUAUUAUAAUUAUUAUUAUUAUUAUUGUUAGGCAACAACUUGGCAGUCAUUAGUAUGCCAGAUAAAACGCUUAAAGGCAUUUCAUCUAUCUCUAUGUCCCGAGUUCAAAUUCCACCGGGGUCGACUUUGCCUUGUCACUCUUUCGGGGGUCGAUAAAAUAAAGUACCAGUCCAGUACUGGGGUUGAUGGUAUCAAGGAGCUCCCUCCCCUGAAAUUUCAGACCCUGUG